GUGCAGCCUUGAAGGUGCAGCCGGAGGGUGAUGCAGUGUGAAAGGGUCUUGGAGCUCAGCAGCUGCAAUGACUCUGAGUCCCACCGCGGUUGUCCUGCUUCUGCUCACAUUCUGGGGAAAUGCUCUGGCCAGAAUCUGCCUCUGGCCUUCCACACACGUGGCUCUGAGCAAUGAGAGUGUGUUUUUAGAUUUGAGCUGUGAGCACAACACAACGGUGCGCAACAUGACCGUGUCCUUGGUGGACGUGGAAACAAAUGUCACGAUGCUGUCAAGACCUGUGACGGCCAACCAGCCCAACGGAGCCUUGGAGUUCAACUGCAUUUUCUUCCGCUCUGCUGGGAGCUUCAAAUUCAUAUUAGAGGACAGUGACCCAGACCAAAAAAAUGGCACCCAGUUGUGGAGCCAGGUACUGCAUGUCCAGUGGCCAACUUUUCAUAUUUCUGUGGAGAGGUCCAGCAACCAGAGCUCGAACUCCUUUCGGAUUGGCAUCUCCACCAGUGACAACUUCCAGCCGUGCAUCAGUACCAGGACAAUGUCCCUCUACGUGGAGAUCAAGUACCUGGAAUACAAUCAGAUCAGGCGGAACAGCAUUGACAAGGUUAGAGCCCAGAUGCGGCGUGACAUUCAGGUGGUCUGCUCGCAGCAUGUGGAGCUGCACUGCGUUUUCCCCUUCACUGAGAGGGACUACAUCACAGUGGCCCUCAAAUCCUCUCACUCCCAGAGGGACAUCAAAACAUCAGGGCCGCUAUACCUGUCGCGCCUCUUCCCCUAUAAACUGCUUGUGGACAAUGUGUACCGGACUGGAUGCGAGAGCUCUGUGGCUGUGCGCCUGCUGCCUCCUCCAUGUGCUUCCGCCAGCGGGAAGAUCUUCCUGUACCGAGAAGGAGGCUUGGGGGCAGCAUCUUCAGCUGAGGAAACCUCCUCAUCUCUGGCCUUCAGAUGGCUCACCCAGGGGGAAAAUGAGACUAAGUUUAACUGUUCGGUCUUUGACCCAGGAAGGAAUAAGUACUGCUUCCGGUUUGUCCUCAACUCCGGCAUCUCGCCCAGUCUGUCACAGACCUGUAUCGUUGUGCAGCGAAGCGCAGAAACCUGGGGUCAGUGGCAGCCAUGGAGCAGCUGCAGCGUGAGCUGUGGGGAAGGCGUGAGAGAGCGCGUUCGCCCAUGUCUGCUGCCCCCUACUGGUGGGCUGGGCUGCACUGGCAUGGUUAAGGAGCAGUCGCACUGUUCUCUGGAGGACUGCACAGCACCUGUUCCUUCACUUUCUCCCAUGCCCCCUGAUGACACUGUGCUGGGAGGCAACCUGGUUGCUGUGGUGGGCAUCUCCUUGUGCCUGGUGGUGAUUGUAGCGACUGUGCUGGUGACAGUGUGGCGGAAGGCAUGCCACACACCUGAGUGCAGUGCAGUACAGCGCGGCACCCUACACUCACCUGGAGGUCGCAAGAACUCAGACGAGGCCUCCAUCUGUGGUCGCAGCCUGCAGCGACCCAGCUUCUCCGAGAGCCUGCAAGCCUCUGCUCCAAGCCACCAGCAGAGUCAGCCACUCCCACAACCACAGCAGGAUCCUGAUAGGAUUUCUCCUACUGGCCAGAAGAUCGUCCCACCCAUUUUUGGCUACCGACUGGCACAACAGCAGCUGAAGGAGAUGAAAAGGAAAGGGCUGAAGGAGGCCACUAAGGUGUACCAUGUCUCCCAAAGUCCAAUUGAUGACACCAUGAUGGAGACCACCAGCUCUACCCCAGUGGCCCUGACUCCAGUGCCCCCUGACUCAGAAAGUCAAGAGGAGGCCAAUCUCCACCGUUUUCGAAUUAAGACUCCCUUCAUGGAAGCGCCCAGAACAGCCAAGGCUUCCGCAGCCACAGCCCCAGACCGACUCAGCCCCAAAGCAGACCCAGUCCUGGGAACACCUCUGCAGUCAUACAGCAGCCAAGCCCAGCGGCACGAGCGGGUGGCAGACUGGGUUGAGAUGGUGGAGCGUGUUGGAGGAGGGUACCUGAAGAACCCCAGCUUCCGGAGAACCACCAGCUUCCACGAGGCCAAGCCACCACCACCUCCUCGACCCUUCAGGGAAAGGAGUAUGACUCAGGUGACUCCUCGUCAGGUGCCUGAGGGCAGCUGCAGAACCAGUGCAUGGAUUCCACGCCACAAUCCCGAGCGGCAGGACUCGGGCCACCCCAAGGCUGGACCAGCAGAUGACAUGAUGGACAGUAGGCAACAGGCAAGGUCUGAAAGGACUUAUUGCCAUUUGGACUCAGGCUUCAGGGUGACAGCGGGACUGGAGAGCAAUGCCAAGUUGAACUACCUUGGCAACCAGCACAAGGAAGACAUUAGGCCCAAUGGGUCCAGCCUAGGGCCUGACAGGGCAGAGAGGGCAGAGCUCAACUGGAGCAAGAGGGGUCCCUCACCUAUACAGAGGAAUAUGUUGGCACGGAAGCUAAGAGAGGCAGGUUCCUCAGCCACCUGCCAGCGUCCCCGCGCAACUGUCGUCUCACAGGCCGACUUCCGGCGGGAGAAGUGCCGAAGCCUUCCGCUGUCCCCUGACUAUAGCGGUUUCCAUGGCUACCAUGGAUCUCAGUAUGGCUUGACAGAGUCUGAGCAGCGCAUGAUGGAUCUGUCUGGUUAUUUGGCAGAGGAAGACAGUGUGGAGGUACUGGAGGUUCACAAGCUCACCUGAUAGCAUGACCUGGAUCAGUAGUGGAGGACCUCACUGAUGCUUGUUUCAGUCCAUUCGGGGCAAUGGAUAUGUUUUAAUAGACAGUGUUAUCCAUUUUA